UAAUUUUAAGUGUAUUGAAAACCUAAUGCAAAUCAAAUAAAAACAUAAAAUAAUAACAAAAAAUAUUUAAUAAAAUUAAGAAGAAUUAAGCUAAUAAAACGUAUUCUAUUCUCAAUAAUAGCCAUUAAGAAAGCCUACGUUACAAAUUUCGAUCUCUACACCAGCAUAAUUUCAUAAAAUUUGUUUUCAGUGUCAAAUCACUUUUCCAUAUGGACCCGCUAACCUUAACAAUUAAUCAUUCAAUAAUGCUUUUAUUUUAUUUAGAAAUGGUUAGGGAUGAAUAAAUCCAAC